GUGAAAUUGUAAGGACAAUAGUGCAUGCAAGGAAAUAAUGGGGAAUGAAAACUCAAUUCCAGAACUGCCACAACCACCACCACAACCGCCAUCAUCCCAGCCACCACCUCUACCAGCAGUGGCCAGUCAAAGAAGAGAAGCUCCUCCACCCUCAUCACCACUACCACCACCACCACAACAAGCCGCUCAACUUAGAGAAACAAAACCCUCAGAAAAAGAGAACAAGAGGGGAAUAGAAGCUGUAAAGAACACAAGAGAAGGGAAACAAGGAAAUCAUCGAAGCUUGAAACCACCUGAAGCUGUGAGUCUCCCAGAAAACCUUCAAAAGAUAUUGAAGGAUGCUGACUCUCCCAUUGAUAAGUCUUCCAUGGACAAGCUCUACGAUCAACUUUAUUCUUCUGGCGUCUUUUUAUCCCACAAAACCAAGAAAUUCUGGGUGAACAAGAAAUCAAAUUGCAACUGUUUCAUGUUGUAUGCAAGGGCACUUUCAAUCACCUGGGCAGAAGACCCUCGCUAUUGGAAAUGGAUUCAACUCCAAGAAUCAAGUGGGGCAAUGAUAGAGGCAGCUGAACUGAGAAGGGUGUGUUGGCUAGAAGUGCAUGGGAGGUUAGACACAAGGAAGCUGACACCGGGAGUUAUGUAUGCAGUCUCCUUUCAUGUGAUGCUGAAAGACCCAGCUCAAGGCUGGGAGGUUCCUGUGAAUGUAAGGCUUGUGCUCCCAGGUGGGAAGAAGCAAGAACACAAGGAGAAUUUGAUUAGCAAGGCGAGAGUGAAAUGGAUAGAGAUUCCAGUGGGGCAGUUUGUGGCGCCAGUUCACGAUGAUGAAGGUGGAGAAAUGGAGUUCUCUUUGUAUGAGAUUGAAGGCGGGGCUUGGAAACAAGGCCUUGUCAUCAAAGGAGUCUCCAUCAAACCUAAUUCUAAUGACUACAGAAUUUCCCUGGAAUGAUGCAAAUCAUGCACAAUGACAGUUCAUAUCUGGUCUAGUACAGUUUUAGAGUUUAAUAAAAUUGUUCAUGGAGUUUUAUGUAAUACUUUUAUAUAUAUAUAUAUAUAUUGAGAUACUUAUGAUAUAAUACAAAAGUUUCUAUGACAAUGUA